AUGGUUGAAGACUUAAGUGUUAUCAAUGAUCCAAUUAAGCAAAAAACUUCAACUAUAACGUGCACUAAAGUAAAGAUUUCUCAAUAUGAACACGUUACUAAAUUCAAAGGGACAUUAUUUAUCUUUCAUAAUGAAAGACGAGGAAUAAUAUUCUUCAAGAAAAUAAUUUUUGAGUUUAUAGAGAAGAUGAAGAUAUCAUCUGGAGCAUUAACAGAAGAGGAAUAAUAUAUGACCUAGAAGCUAUUUUAUCAACUUGAACAAGAAGCAGUAUAUGAAGAAUCGAUCUUACUCUAAUUAGAGAAGUGUCUAGAAGGACGAUAAAUAUGUCAAAAGGUCCAAACAAGGCUAUAUCAAUCGAUUUGAUUCGCCUGACAUCAAUUCAAUAAAAAAGGAGAACUCACAGAAAUCUAUGAGGUUUAUAGGAUACUAUUUGAUAUUGAAAACGGAAAUUAAUACUUUCAAGCCUAGAGCUAACUAAUUCCUCUGAA